AUGGCCUCGCAGGUGAAUGGCGCCGGCGCCGGCGCCGGCGCCGGCCCUACGCGCAUCUCCAUCCUCGGUAGCGAGUCCAUCAUCGUCGACCACGGCAUCUGGCAGACCUUUGUCGCCGCCGACCUUCUCGAGAAUGUCAAGUCCUCCACCUACGUGCUCAUCACCGACACCAACCUCAGCGACAGGUACGUGCCCGUCUUCGAGACUGCCUUCCAGCGCGCUGCCGCAGCCCUGGGGAACAGCGACAGCCGCCUGGUCACCUACGCCAUCCCUCCCGGCGAGACCUCCAAGGGCCGCGAGACCAAGGCCGAGAUCGAGGACUGGCUGCUCGCUCAGCAAUGCACAAGAGACACCGUCAUCAUCGCCCUGGGCGGCGGGGUCAUUGGGGACAUGAUCGGCUACGUCGCCGCCACCUUCAUGCGCGGUGUCCGCUUCGUCCAGGUCCCUACCACGCUGCUGGCCAUGGUCGACUCCUCCAUCGGCGGCAAGACGGCCAUCGACACCCCCAUGGGCAAGAACCUGAUCGGCGCCUUCUGGCAGCCCAGGCGCAUCUACAUCGACCUGGCCUUCCUCGAGACCCUGCCCGUUCGCGAGUUCAUCAACGGCAUGGCCGAGGUGGUCAAGACCGCCGCCAUCUGGGACGAGGCCGAGUUCACCUUCCUGGAGCAGCACGCCAGCCUCAUCCUCGCGGCCAUCCGCUCAAAGUCCGCCGACCCCUCGGCGAGACUGGCUCCCAUCCGCUCCGCCCUCAAGAGGAUCGUGCUCGGGUCCGCCCGCGUCAAGGCAGACGUGGUCUCCCAGGACGAGACCGAGGGUGGACUGCGCAACCUGCUGAACUUUGGCCACUCCAUUGGCCAUGCCAUCGAGGCCCUCCUGACCCCUCAGGUCCUGCACGGCGAGGCGGUUGCCAUUGGCAUGGUCAAGGAAGCCGAGCUGGCACGUUAUCUAGGUGUCCUGCGGCCCAGCGCCGUGGCGCGCCUGGUCAAGUGCAUUGCGAGCUACGACCUGCCCACCUCUCUGCACGACAAGCGUAUCGUCAAGCUGACUGCUGGGAAGCACUGUCCCGUCGACAUGCUCCUGCAGAAGAUGGGCGUCGACAAGAAGAAUGACGGCAAGAAGAAGAAGAUUGUCCUCCUCUCUGCCAUCGGCAAGACCCAUGAGCCCAAGGCCAGCGUCGUCGACGACAAGGCCAUCCGGGUGGCCCUCUCCCCGGCCAUCCGUGUCGAGCCAGGUGUGCCCAAGGGACUCGACGUUCAGGUCACACCCCCCGGUUCCAAGAGUGUCUCGAACCGCGCCCUCGUCCUCGCCGCCCUUGGCAAGGGAACGUGCCGCAUCAAGAACCUGCUUCACUCCGAUGACGUCGAGUUCAUGCUCAACGCCAUCACCCAGCUGAACGGCGCUACCUAUGCCUGGGAAGACGCCGGCGAGGUGCUGGUCCUUACGGGCAAAGGCGGUGCUCUGCAGGCUAGCGAGCAGCCUCUGUACCUUGGGAAUGCGGGAACCGCCUCGCGUUUCCUGACCUCCGUCGUUGCGCUAUGCUCGCCCUCCUCCAAGACCAACUCCACCGUCUUGACGGGCAAUGCCAGAAUGAAGGUCCGCCCAAUUGGGCCCCUGGUGGACGCUCUACGCACCAAUGGCGUCAAGAUUGAUUACCUCGGCCAGGAGAAGAGCUUGCCUGUCCAGGUCGAUGCAGCUGAUGGCCUCGAGGGCGGCGUCAUUGAGCUGGCUGCCACUGUCUCCUCUCAGUAUGUGUCAUCUAUCCUCAUGUGCGCCCCCUACGCCAAGAAGCCCGUGACCUUGCGGCUGGUCGGAGGAAAACCCAUCUCACAGCCUUAUAUCGACAUGACGACGGCAAUGAUGAAGAGCUUUGGUAUCACCGUAACCCAGUCAGCGGAUGAGCCACACACGUACCAUAUCCCGCAGGGAACUUAUGUGAACCCCGAGGAAUACGUCGUCGAGAGCGACGCCAGCUCGGCUACCUAUCCUCUGGCAGUCGCUGCCAUCACGGGAACCACCUGCACAAUCCCCAACAUCGGUGCCAAGUCGCUGCAGGGCGAUGCCCGUUUUGCUGUCGAUGUGCUGCGUCCCAUGGGAUGCAAGGUAGAGCAGACGGACUACUCCACUACCGUGACCGGCCCCGCACCGGGAGGUCUGCAGGGCAUCCCGCACGUUGAUAUGGAGCCCAUGACGGAUGCUUUCCUGACUGCGUCCGUCCUUGCCGCAGUCGCGUCGGGCGUCACCCGAAUCACCGGCAUUGCCAACCAGCGUGUCAAGGAAUGUAACCGCAUAGCGGCUAUGAGGGUGCAGCUGGCCAAGUUUGGUGUACAGAGCGGCGAGCUCGAUGAUGGUAUCGAGAUCAACGGCAAGGACUACACCGAGCUCACCCAGCCGAAGGGUGGUGUCUUCUGCUACGAUGAUCACCGCGUGGCCAUGAGCUUCAGUGUCCUCUCCGUACUGUCACCUAACCCGGUCGUCGUGCUGGAGCGAGAAUGCACUGGCAAGACCUGGCCUGGCUGGUGGGACGUCCUAGCACAGUCUUUCAAGGUGGACCUGGUUGGCGUUGAUGCCGAACCUGAAGCGAAGGACCUAGGAAAGCCCGACCAGGGCCCCUCUGUCUUCAUUAUUGGCAUGCGAGGCGCCGGCAAGACCACCACGGGCGGUUGGAUGGCAAAUAUCCUGAGCCGGCCAUUCACUGACCUCGACUCGGAACUCGAGCGGAGGGCUGGCAUGACCAUACCCGAGAUCAUCAGAGCCAGCCCCGAUGGGUGGGAACGCUUCAGGAAGGACGAAGUGGAACUUCUCAAGGAAGUACUGAAGAACCAAGCGCACGGUCACGUAUUUUCGUGCGGUGGUGGCAUCGUCGAGACCCCCGAAGCCCGCGAGCUCCUCAUCUCCUACCACAAGAACGGUGGCGUCGUUCUUCUUGUGAACCGCGACGAGGACCAGAUUGUCGAAUACCUGAUGCGGGACAAGACUAGACCCGCCUAUACAGAGGAGAUCCGUGGAGUUUACGAACGCCGCAAACCCUGGUUCCAGGAAUGCAGCAACUACGAGUAUCAUAGUCCCUACCUCGACGGCAUCAGCGAAGCUCCAGCUGAUUUUAAGAACUUUGUGUCACUUAUCUGUGGGCAGAACAAUCACUUUGAGGAGGUCAAGAAGAAGAAGUCAUCAUUCUUCGUCUCACUUACUGUGCCUAACUUGUCCGCUGCCAUCGACGUUCUUCCCAGGGUCGUUGUUGGGUCGGAUGCCGUGGAGCUGCGUGUGGAUUUGCUUCAGGACCUAUCGCCGGAAUUCAUUGGCAACCAGAUAUCACUCCUUCGGUCCACUGCUAAAGUUCCAAUCGUUUUCACCGUCCGUUCUAAGGAGCAAGGUGGACGCUUCACAUAUCAAUCAGAAAAGGAGCUUUUGCCCCUGUACCGAACGGCGCUCCGCAUGGGCGUCGAGUACAUCGACCUGGAGAUGUCGCUGUCAUCAGAGACUCUGGAAACCAUCAUCCAGUCCAAGGGCCGUUCGCGUAUUAUCGCAUCGCACCAUGACCCCAGCGGCUCGUUAUCCUGGAAGAAUGGCGGUUUCCAGACGUGGUACAACCGAGCACUGCAGUACGGCGACGUAAUUAAGCUCAUUGGUGUUGCCAAGACUAUGGACGACAACUUUGCCUGCAAAAACUUCCGGGAUAGAAUGCUUGCUGCGUACGACAAGCCCAUCAUCGCCCUCAAUAUGGGGACGAUGGGCAAGCUUUCCCGCGUACUUAACGGAUUCCUGACUCCCGUGUCCCACCCUGCCCUGCCGUUCAAGGCAGCGCCCGGUCAACUCUCGGCGGCUGAGAUCCGGGGCGGACUCGCCUUGCUGGGUGAGAUGGAGACCAAGAACUUCUAUCUCUUUGGCAAGCCCAUCUCGGCAUCACGGUCGCCUGCCCUCCACAACGCCCUUUUCAAGCAGACGGGCCUUCCGCACAAGUACAACCUGCAUGAGACGGACGAUGCCUCCACGGUCCGGGAGAUCAUUCGAUCGCCGGACUUUGGCGGCGCGUCCGUGACGAUACCCCUGAAGCUGGACAUUAUGCAGUACGUGGACGAGAUCACGGACUCUGCAAAGGUCAUUGGUGCCAUCAACACCAUCAUUCCCAAACCCACGGCAGACGGCAAGGCGCACCUGGUUGGCACCAACACGGACUGGAUGGGCAUGGUCUACACGCUUCGCUCUGCGGGCGUCGGCGCAGCCUCCAAGUCGAAGCCCAGCAGCGCCAUGGUGGUCGGAUCAGGAGGGACCACCCGGGCUGCGAUCUACGCACUGCACUCGUUGGGUUACAGCCCCAUCUACAUCGUGGCCCGCAACGCCGCAGGUGCGAGCGAGCUGGCGGCAUCGUUCCCCAGCGACUACGCCCUCGAGCGGCCCGAGGAUGCCAGCCACGUCAAGGUUCUGCCCACGGUCAUCAUUACGACGAUCCCGGCGGACAAGCCGAUCGACCCGUCCAUGAAGGAGUUGUUAGGGACCGUCCUGCGGCAGCCCAAGAACUCCAGCGUGCCCCGUGUCUUGCUGGAACUGGCUUACAAACCUCGCCACACCCCGUUGAUGGGCAUGGCGGAGGACUCUGGCUGGAGGACUCUGCCAGGACUGGAGGUGCUUUGCUCGCAAGGCUUCUACCAGUUCCAACUCUGGACCGACAUCAUCCCUCUGUUCUCGGAUGUUCGCUCUGCUGUCCUGGACGACUAG